UCGCUAAGGAAAGUGAGGAACACUGGUCGUGCAGCAUUGAGUUCUACAAGAAAGUUCCUAUCUGGAGGUUAUGCACGCUCACGUUGUACGUUGCUGCUAUUGGGAAGAACGCAUUAACAGACUUGGUCGGACUUCGUCUGCUUACAAUUUUUCUUUAAUGAAAUAAUAUUGAUGCAACCAAGGGUAUGCAAAGAAGAAAAAUAUUUGUGUCUGCCACGUUAUGAAGCUGUCUACCUUGUUAGCUGGCUAGCACUUGUUGGUAACGUUAAACGUUACCACGGUCCUGCUGAGUCCUCAUCCUCAGUCCUCAUCAGGCUUUUGAACCCUGGUUCCGCUUAACGUGAGGCAUGGGGAAGCUGCAGAGUAAGCUCCGCAAACGCUCCGACCGCUACAGAGCAGGCAGGGAUACGUCCGAUGCUGCACCAGCGUCGCAGGUGGUGCAGUAUGAACCUGCGCACUCUGACGCCGUCAACUGUGUCUUCAGCCUCACCUCUGAGCUCUGUGUGUCUGGAGGAAGUGAUCAGGCAGUUGUUGUAUACGACUGGAAAGGAGGGACGCGAUGUCAGGCCUUUUAUGGUCACAGCAGGGAGGUCACCAAGGUAAGCUGUUUACCUGGAAGCACGUGGCUCUUCAGUGCCUCCAGAGAUAAGAGUGCUCUCAUGUGGCAGAUGGGCCGGGAUGCAGACCCCAUCCAGGAGUUCUGUGAACACGAGCUGGUCGUCAACGGGCUGGCUGUCAGCCCAGAUGGAACACAGCUGUGUACUGGGUCACGUGACAACUCCAUGUGCCUUUGGGACAUUGAGUCUGGAGAGUGUCUCCAGAAGAAUACCAUCUCCCGCAACCUGGUCACUCAUGUGUGCUGGGUUCCUGGUGGGACCUCAAUCGUUCAGACUUCUGAAGACAAAACAGUAAGGGUUUGGGACAGUCGCACGUGGCAGGUCACCAACACAUUUCCAUCCAAGCGCUACAUCCAGACACACUGUGACAUCAGCUCAAACUGCAAUCAUGUGCUGUCAAGCAGCAAUGGAUUUGGUGGACAGGGCUGUGAGUCGACGCUGUGGGACCUAAGGCAGCCAGGUUGUAAGGUGGUGGAGUACCGCGGUCACCUCCAGACCACGGCCUGCUGUGUGUUCCUGCCUCCCAGCCCCGACUGUGGGUCCAUGGUGGCCUCUUCUUCUCACGACUGCUCCAUCAAACUCUGGGACCAAAACAGUGGAGCUUGUCUCUACACCCUGACUAUGGACGGCGCUGGUCCUCUGGUCUCUCUGGCUGCGUCCGACCACAGCAGCCUGCUGUGCGCCAGCUUCAACACCGGCCUUCACCACCUCCAGCUGAGCCAGUUGCCCACCCUCAGCCUGAAGGAGGUAGCCAGGUUCUGAUCCACACGCCCCGGGAGCAGUGGCUCUGUGUUUGCAGGGCCCACUCCAGAGCCAUAACACGUGUAGGCACUCGCGGGCGACAGGCGAGUAGACAGGCCGACUGAGUGACCCGUUUGAGUGUGAACAUGUACGGAGUGCCACUUGGAGGUGACCCUGGCCCCGAUCCCAAUGUCCGCACUUAUGGACUUUGAGGUGCUUUCCCACUAAACCUGUGAGGGCUUAGGGCUGUCCAACUGUCACAUCGUCAAGUGCAUGAAGGCUCUUGCACAGACAUUUUCAGCCCUUCAUGCACACUUUCCGUUCGUCCACAUUUCUGGAGACUUGCCUGAGGGAUAUAACCCACAGUUCAUAACGUUGUGAUGUGAAGUAUGUGUGUGAAGGGGAAGUUAAAAAAAUGGAAAACAACUGCCAUAAACGUGAUAUGAUACUAUGUGCAGUCCUAUUCCUGUGUAUACCAUUCUGAGCCCUUGCAGCCUCCUGCACUCAAUCAUCUAGGAGGUCACGUCAAUUAAAUCUGCGAGGGUUCCGGGCUUAGGCUGUAGGUGGGACAUUGGGAUUGGGCCCCCUGUUCAGUUUACGACUUCACUUCCCCUGUCAAGAAGGACAUGACCUCUGCGUAGCCCUGCAAUGCUGCAUUUCAUGUUGAGAGACUCAGGGAAUACAAACUGUGAUGGAAUCAGUGAAAGAAAACUGCUCAUGAACUGCUGUGAUAUCUCGGUGAUGAUGUGAUGAGACUGAAUCACAUUAAUAGUAGAGGGAGCUUUUUACCAAGAUGUCUGAUGCAAAGCAGGUCGUGAUAACAAAGGUUCAGCAUGGCUUUACAAGGAACCAGACCGGCAAAGAAGAUGCUAGUGAAAAUAAUGUCACAAUUUUAAAAGAAUGUAAUAUUCUAAAUUGGCCACAAAGUCGUCAGUCAGAGUGACACAUUGAGACCACAGCUCCUCAUUUUAUCUUAAUAAGGGCACUAAUGCAAUUUUGUUCUCUGGAAAACACCAAAUAAAACCAAAGAUGUUGGUUGUCUUUUUUUCCGAUUGUACCCACUGUGAGCAAUAUUGUCUGCCAGUUUUGACACCUCACUAAAAACCAAACUGACCACUUGUUACUUGUCCCUGGCCAGUCUUGAGAUGAACACAGCCCUGGACAUUUUGUGUUAAUGUUAGUUUGCCUAGUGGAGUUCACACCGUACCACCAAGGUUUUUUUUCCAGUGACUAAAUUCCUCUGACUGAAACAUGUGCGUGAAUGUGAAAAGUUAAAUUCUCUGGCCUGUUAGCAUUGUACGUGCUCUCUGUCUGUGUCUUUGUUUAUAUGUUUCAAUAUACACGGUCUGGUAAAUUAUUUUGGAAACUUC